GAAAAGGAUUGGAGUACGGCACUUUCUCUGCUGGAACGGUAUCUGUUGGUCUCGGAAGAUCUCAAGGGGCGCUUCUGCAACUUAGCUUCGUUCAUUACUGUAUAAAGCCAAGCAGUUUUGUAUAGAUAUCUGCACAAGAGGCUGAACCAAAGAGGCUCUUCGUCAGAUUGUAUUUUGCCGCCAGUGCAAAAACAGUGGGUAGGACCUUAAAUCAGAACAUACAAAAGAGAACGCAGAGGGGGAGCAAACAGGAGCGUUGCUUGGGUGUGGCUUGAGGCACAGAGCAACUAGAGAUGGCCAACUUCAGGACCCUGUCCCCUCUGACGGGAUCCUUGGUCAGCGACAGGGGCGAUGUCAACCUGCCAAAGCUGCCCGGGAUGACCUUCAGAGAUCCGCGGGCAACUGCUCAAAAGAAGAACCAGGGCCUGCGCUACAUUGACGGUCAGGCAAUCGUCGAGAACAACGACGAGAUGGUUGCAAGGCGGACCGCGCAGGUGCGGGUUACGAGUCCCGGCGUGACAAUCGCGAGGACUGCACUCGCUGCCACGGCAGGUGGGCUGGCAAUUAAAGGCGGAGCAAGGGACCCGGUGCCGGUGUGGGUGAAAAACGACAGACAGGUGCUGCGCUACUACUGCUACUUCAAGGAGAGCGUGACGGACCGGCGCGAGGAAAACUUCCGGGUGCGCAAGUGCACCAUCUACUACUACCUCGAGGACGGGAGCAUUCACAUCGGGGAGCCCAAGCAGGACAACAGCGGCAUCUCACAGGGCACGUUCCUAAAGCGCCACGUCAUCCAGAAGGACGGCGGCGGUGAGGUGGGCAUUGAGGACCUGCUGGUGGGGUCCGAGAUCACGCUCUACGGCAGAGUGUUCCACAUCACCGCCUGCGACAGCUUCACCAGGCGCUUCCUGGAAUGCGCCGGACUGCCCGCCCCAGAAGACGAGGGUUUCCCCGACGAGCCUAUAACCGCGUACAAGAACACGCUCAAGAAGAUCACGAUCGUCCACCACAAAGACUUUAAGACGCGCCAGUUCUUAGAGAAGGACGGCAAGGUGCUGCGCUUCUUCUGCGUGUGGGACGACAGGGGCAGCGUCUACGGGGAGCGCCGGCCGUACAUUCUGCACUACUAUUUGGCCGACGACACCAUCGAGAUCCAGGAGGUGAAGGACCGGAACAGCGGAAGGGAUCCCUUCCCGCUCCUCCUUCGCAGGGGCAAGCUGCCCAGAGAUGUGCCUCAGGCGACGCUCGGGCGCGACGCGGCCGCGGAGGACGCGUCCAAAUUCUAUCACGAGAGCGACCUGCGCAUCGGCAGCUACAUCCGCGUGUUCAACCGGGACAUGCUGCUGCACGACUGCGACGACUUCACGCGCAAUUACUACCAGACCAAGUGGGGCAUGCCCGCGGAGUACCUGGAGCCGGUGGACGUGCAGGAGCCGAUGCUGGCGGUUCCGCAGAACAUGAUUCCGCCGCACAACGGAAUCGGGUCGGAGCUGGACUCGCUGCAGAACUGCAUCGCCCUCAUCCCCAAGGCGCAGACCAAGGACUUCCAGAAGCUCAUGACCAACGACGGAAAGGUCCUGUGCUUCUCCGCCAAGAUGAUCCCGGACGGCACCCACGUGGUGUCUGACGUGGACCGCGAGCGCGAUUUCGUCAUCAACUACUUUUUGGUGGACGACAGCAUGUCAAUCUACGAGUCGCCCAAGAGGAAGGCCGGCCUUACCGGCGGGCGGUUCCUCGCGCGCGGGCCCGCGCCCAAGAAACCGGGAACCAACAAGCCUUACCAGCCGGAGGACUUUUACGUGGGCGCGCAGCUCCACGUGUACAGCCGUCUGUUUGUACUGUCCGCGGCGGACGAGUGGACGUACAAGUUCAUGGAGGCGCACCCGGAGCAGUACGCCAAGAGCGACUUCAACUCCGUGAUGGACCAUCUAGCGGAUAUCGUGGGCCAGGUGCAGAGCAGGGCCGACGUCGAGAAGCUUAAGGGCGCCUUCAUCGAGCAGGACAAGGCGGGCGCUGGGUGCUUGACACCGGACGACAUGGCCGCGGCCUUCGCUCGGGGCGGCGUCGAUGUGAAUAAGCAGGAGGUGGUUACGAUUUCCCGGAGGCUAGAGAACAGCGCCAAGAAGGUGCCCAUCGAGACGCUCUUCCGGAGUCUAGGCAUUUAGGCGACAAGGGGAAAACGGAGGAAAGGCAAUCUUUCGAUGCUUGACUUGGCAAAAAGGCAUAGCGUACGGUUGGUAUCAUGACGGUGGCCGGCUCUUGAUUGGUGGAAUCUAAUGUUCGAGUACUUUCGGUGGAGG